AUGAACGGUAAUGAAACCAAUUACCAUGAAGGAGGGGAUUUUCCUGAUACCACCCAAGAUAUCUUUGAUGAUUUUGGAACGAUUUCACCAUUAUUUGAUUCCAAGGAAAGCUCAGUGGAGACAAUGUUCAGCCUCUUGCCACAAUAUGAAAAUCCCGGAGAUGUCACUACUGCUACUUCGAGUUUCGAUUUGUUUAAGCUAAUGUCACAAAACCAUGAUGAUUUUGAUUUUAAUAAUAAUAAUAAUAAUAAUAAUAAUAAUAAUAAUGAUUUCUCAUAUCAUCAGAGAUUAAAUUGUUUGAUGUCCGGGAACCCACAUGAGAUCAAUGUUCUUAAUGGGAAGUUAAGAAAUUUGCCAAAAAAUGUUGAGCUUGGAAGUAAUGAAUUUCCAAGAAUUGAAGAGGAUCACAAUAAUUCAGGAGGAAUUUUUCCUGCAUCAGAUGUAAAUUUAGAAAGUUGGUUAAUGAUGGUACCUCAAUCUGACCCCUUGUUCCAUCAAGGCUUAGAAUAUCAACUGCCUUCCCAUCACCAUAGUACAAUGGCAGUGAAUAAUAAUAAUAAUAAUAAUAAUAAUAAUAAUAAUAAUAAUAAUAAUAAAUCAUCAUCAUCAACAACAUUAUUAUCUCAAAUGCCAUUUGAUUUGCAAUUUCCCACUACCAAUCAUUGUUCGUUUCUGAAUACACCGCCCCAUUUCUCUCCAAGUUUCAAUGAAAAUUAUGAGGAAGUUACAAUCUCCAAUGAUGAUCCGUUUCCAAACAUAAACUAUCUUCUCAGUCCGACUUUUGAACAAUUGAAAGAGGAGUUCAGUAUCAAUGAUUAUUUACAGAAACUUUCCAAACAAAACCACCAUGCCGAACUUUGUGCUAAGCGAUACUAUUAUAAUCACCAUCUUUUGAAUAAUAAUAAUAAUAAUAAUAAUAAUAAUAAUAAUAUUAAUAAUAAUAAUCUGACUCCCGCCGAUAUACCCAUUGGUGGAAGCUGGGAGCUUGCUGGUAGGUCUUCGUACCGUGAUUUUGUAUCGACAAUGCAUCCAAUAAACUUCAUCCAUAAACGAAUUAAUCCUCAGAACUUACCCCUCGGAACCAUUGAAGCCUCUUUCUUGUCGAUCAAGGAACAAAUAAUCCACGCUUACUGUUAUUAUGACCCCAGAGAAGAAGAAAGAAUCUUUAGGAUCGAGGAAACCGAUUUCUACGCCAUGUUUGUUGCCAAACGGUUUGCCAGUCAUUGUAAAGCGGUGUUCCAACAUCUUAAAUUUUAUGAAAUUGAAGGAACCAUCGAUAACGUUCCUUACACCAAAUCGAUGAUCGCCAAUGAGAUUUUCAGUUAUUUCACUUAUAAAAAAUCUACAAAAAGGGAUCCUCCCGAGGUGGCGGCGUUCUAUAUCUACGAUAAUACCUCCAGAGCCACCACGUCAAGAAUUUUAGGGGUCACGCCAAUCGAGGUGUCAAUCAUCGAGUUGUUGAUCGAGCAAACUGCCGAAGAUUUGGGGAUUUUGAUCAAUGGUGAAAGAAUGCCCCGAACACUGAUCGGCGAGGUAUCACCGGAGAAUGUUAAAAACUUGAAGAAAAAAACCUGGAAUAAGAAACCAGAUAAGGUGAAGGAAAGAUUGUAUUCUGUGGCCAAAAAAGUAUUCUGGGAAACCUUUGGAUUCCAAGGAGCGAUACUUGAGUUUUUGGUGAAGAGAAUUGCCUCGGGAGUCGCCCAAAACAAUUUCAAGAGGAAAGAGAAGAAUCGUGGUCAGAUUGAAGGUAAUACUAACAAAAUCUUCAGAAAAAAUGUCGUGCAUGGAGGUGAUCUUCUAGAUAAUAGAAUUGAAACAUUACUUAAAUUAAGAGAAGCUAAAUCGGCCUUGAGAGAGAAAAAAAUUGAUACCAAAGGUAAAGUUUUAAAGGGUAAUUGA